CCUUUACCUUUGGGCCCAGCCAGAACCCUGGACUCCACCCUCCCCUGCAAGGCCCGUCCACAUCACACCUGUGUGAGGACUGAGUUCCCAUCUAGCUGUCUGUCACCUCGCCCUCCCUGCCUGGGACACCCCCUGGCCCUCUGGCCCUGCUCAGUCUGAUGGCGCCCCCUUCUGAUGACCAGCUGAGUUUGCUGUGGUCGGACCCCCCCGAGCCCAUCCUGUCCAUGGUGGGUGAAGACGCAGACCUGCCCUGUCAGCUCUCCCCGAACAUGAGCGCUGAGAACAUGGAGCUGACGUGGGUGCGACCCGGCCGCAGGCAGGUAGUGCACAGGUAUGCACACGGGCAGGAGGACACGCCGGCAGAGGAGUAUCGAGGGAGAACUUCGAUUUCACGAGAGGACGUCACUGUGGGGAGGGCUGUUCUCCAGAUUCGCAACGUCAGAGUCUCAGACAGCGGAACCUACCUGUGUUAUUUCCGAGAUGGAGACUUCUCUGCAAAAGCCGAGGUGGAGCUGCAGGUGGCAGCGCUGGGCUCUGAUCCCCACAUUGACGUGACGGGCUACGAGGCUGGAGGGAUCCGUGUGAACUGCACGUCUGCCGGCUGGUACCCGCAGCGCCAGAUCCAGUGGAGAGACGCCAGGGGACAGAGCUUGUCCUCUCAGUCAGCAUCUGUGGCUGCAGACCCCCAGGGCCUUUAUGCAGCCUCAGCCUCUGUGAUCCUGGAAGGCGGCUCUGGGGAGGGGGUCUCCUGUGUCAUCAGAAACCCCCUGCUGGGCCAGGAGAGGUCAUCCAGGCUUUCCAUCCCAGGUGAGUGCCCUGCCCCCUGCCCUGGGCUCUGAAGUGCCCCUGGGGGAAGGCCUGGUGGUCUGCU